AUGGACACCUGGAACAAACUCAAGCAGUUCGAUGCCUACCCAAAAACUCUGGAAGAUUUCCGAGUGAAGACAUGGGGAGGAGUGACCGUGACUCUGAUCAGUGGAGUGAUCAUGCUGGUCCUGUUCAUCUCAGAGCUGCAGUAUUAUCUGACUAAAGAGGUUCACCCUGAGCUGUACGUGGACACUUCUCGAGGAGAUAAACUCAAGAUCAAUAUAGACGUUUUGUUUCCUCACAUGCCCUGUGCCUAUCUCAGUAUUGAUGCGAUGGACGUGGCCGGAGAGCAACAGCUGGACGUGGAACACAAUCUUUUCAAACAGCGACUGGACAAAGACCUCCAGCCAGUGACGGACGAGGCAGAAAAACACGAGCUGGGAAAGGCAGAUAACGGUGAAGUCUUUGACCCAAGUUCAUUGGACCCAAAUCGAUGUGAGAGCUGCUAUGGAGCCGAGACAGAAGAUCUGAAAUGCUGUAACACGUGUGACGACGUGCGCGAGGCCUACAGGAGACGUGGCUGGGCCUUCAAGAACGCAGACACCAUAGAGCAGUGCAAGCGAGAGGGUUUCAGUCAGAAGAUGCAGGAGCAGAAGAACGAAGGCUGUCAGGUCUACGGCUUCCUCGAGGUCAACAAGGUUGCAGGAAAUUUCCAUUUUGCCCCUGGGAAGAGUUUUCAACAGUCGCAUGUUCACGUGCACGCUGUGGAAAUCCAUGAUCUCCAGAGUUUUGGCCUGGACAAUAUAAACAUGACCCACAUGAUCAGACAUCUGUCGUUUGGUAAAGAUUAUCCAGGAAUCGUCAACCCUCUGGACGGCACCAACGUAACAGCUCCACAAGUCCCAUAA